CCGCCCGUACCCGGGGCGGUCCCGGCGCCGUUCCCGCCCCGCGCUUUACGGCAGCGGCCGCGGUUUGCGGCGGGCCGGUGGGUGCGGGCCGGGCCGGGCCGCGCUCGGGCGGACAUGGCCAGCACGAUGGUGGCGGUCGGCCUGGCCAUAGCGGCAGCCGGAUUCGCAGGUCGCUAUGCAGUAAAGGCUUUGAAGCAAAUGGAGCCACAGGUAAAACAAGCCCUUCACAACCUACCAAAAUCUGCCUUCAGUGGUGGUUAUUACAGAGGUGGAUUUGAACCCAAAAUGACUAAACGAGAAGCAGCUUUAAUACUAGGAGUGAGCCCUACAGCAAACAGAAAUAAAAUUAGAGAAGCUCAUAGACGGAUCAUGCUUCUGAAUCAUCCAGAUAAAGGUGGAUCUCCAUAUGUAGCUGCCAAAAUCAAUGAAGCUAAGGAUCUACUAGAAGACCAAGCUAAAAAAUGAAUGAGAAAGAAAAUCACUCAUUCAGAGGGUUUGUCCCUGCAAAUGAUUAUUUUUGAUAAAUGGCUUAAGAAAAGUUCUAAUGUCAGUCUUUGACUUAAUAUAAAUGAAGCUGGAAAUACAAA